UUUACUGCUUGAUCUGUACUGUUAUAAGAAUAAAACAGGCUUGAGUGUCCUUCCAUCAUUACAGUCAGUUUUCCAGUCAGCUCCUGCAGUCUGGUCCAUAAACCUCUCAGAGAGAAAGACCUCCAUCCUCCUGGAAGUGCUGAAACUCCAACCAGAGAAGAAACAUGUGGAGCUGACAGGCUGCUCACAUGAAGAGAGUGAAGUGAGGAGUUUCCUACAGUGUCUGCCUUAUAUCACAGAACUCAGUUUCAAGCCUCAGGCUUCACAACCUUCAGAAGAAACCAGGUUCUUUGUGAAUCUGUUCUGUGCAGCAGCAGAGAGAGAACAGCAGACAGGAGAGAAGAUACUGGAGCUGUUAUCAUCACUGUGCAGCUAUCAAACAUUCACUCUUAAACAGAAGUGGUGUGAUUUUCUACUUGACCUCUAUCUCAGUGUGCUUGAAAUGGGCUUGAGUGUCCUUCCACCCUUGUGGUCAGUUUUCAAAUCAACUCCUGCAGUCUGGUCCAUAAACCUCUCAGAGAGAAAGACCUCCAUCCUCCUGGAAGUGCUGAAACUCCAACCAGAGAAGAAACAACUGAACCUCACAGGCUGGUCACAUGAGGAAAAUGAAGGGAGGAGUUUCCUUCAGUGUCUGCCGUAUAUCUCACAGCUCAGUUUUAGUACUACAUCAUCAGAAUCAUCAGAAGCAGUCAGGUUCUUUGGGGAUCUGUUCUGUGCAGCAGCAGAGCGAGAACAGCAGACAGGAGAGAAGAUACUGGAGCUGUUAUCAUCAAUGUGCACAUAUAAAAAUCUCCCUCUGCAGGAGAUAUGGUGUGAUUUCCUAAUGGACCUGUACUAUUAUACAACGAAAACAGGCUUGAGUGUCCUUCCAUCAUUAAAGCCAGUUUUUCAGUCAACUCCACCAGUCUGGUUCAUAAACCUCUCAGAGAGAAAGACCUCCAUCCUCCUGGAAGUGCUGAAACUCCAACCAGAGAAGAAACAAGUGGAGCUGACAGGCUGCUCACAUGAAGAGAGUGAAGUGAGGAGUUUCCUGCAGUGUCUGCCUUAUAUCUCACAGCUCAGUGUUGUUCCUGAAUUCUCAGAACCUUUAGAAGAAAUCAGGUUAUUUGGCCAUCUGAUCUGUGCAGCAGCAGAGACAGAACAGUGGACAAGAGAGAAGAUACUGCAGCUGUUAAUAGUAGUGUGCACAUAUAAAGGAUUUCCUCUUAGAGAAAUAUGGUGUGAUUUCCUACUGGACCUCUACUCCAGUGACUUUGAAAUGGCUUUCAGAGUCCUUCGAUCAUUACAGUCAGUUUUCCAGUCAACUCCUGCAGUCUGGUCCAUAAACCUCUCAGAGAGAAAGACCUCCAUCCUCCUGGAAGUGCUGAAACUCCAACCAGAGAAGAAACAAGUGGAGCUGACAGGCUGCUCACAUGAAGAGAGUGAAGUGAGGAGUUUCCUGCAGUGUCUGCCUUAUAUCUCACAGCUCAGUGUCAUACCUCAGUUGUCAGAGCCUUCAGAAGAAACCAGGUUCUUUGGGAAUCUGUUCUGUGCAGCAGCAGAGCGAGAACAGCAGACAGGAGGGAAGAUGCUGGAGCUGUUAUCAUCAGUGUGCAGAUACAAAACAUUCCCUCUGACAGAGAUAUGGUGUGAUUUCCUUUUUGAUCUGUACUGCCAUGUGAAGGACUAUGAGAUUAAAACAGGCUUGAGUGUCCUUCCAUCAUUACAGUCAGUUUUCCACUCAGCUCCUGCAGUCUGGUCCAUAAACCUCUCGGAGAGAAAGACCUCCAUCCUCCUGGAAGUGCUGAAACUCCAACCAGAGAAGAAACACGUGAAGCUGACAGGCUGCUCACAUGAAGAGAGUGAAGUACUGAGUUUCCUUCAGUGUCUGCCUUAUAUCUCACAGCUCAGUUUCUCUCCUUCAUUUUUACUCUCAAGUCAAACGGAUUUGACAUGGGAAGAAGCAGAGAGAGAACAGCAACCAGGAGAGAAGAUACUGGAGCUGUUAAUAUCAGUGUGCAGACAUGGAACGUUCCCUUUUAAUGAGAGAUGCUCCUGUGCAGACUGUGAUUUCCUGUUGGAUCUGUUCUCCCAUGUGAAGGAUUGUGAAACUAAAACAGGCCUGAGUGUCCUUCCAUCAUUACAGUCAGUAUUUUUAGCUCCUGCAGUCUGGUUCAUAAACCUCUCAGAGAGAAAGACCUCCAUCCUCCUGGAAGUGCUGAAACUCCAACCAGAGAAGAAACAAGUGGAGCUGACAGACUGCUCACAUGAAGAGAGUGAAGUGAGGAGUUUCCUUCAGUGUCUGCCUUAUAUCUCACAGCUCAGUGUUGAUACUAAUACAUCAGAUGAAGACACAACAAGGUUCUUUGGGAAUCUGUUCUGUGCAGCAGCAGAGAGAGAACAGCAGACAGGAGAGAAGAUACUGGAGCUGUUAUCAUCAGUGUGCAGAUACAAAAAUAGUCCUCUUAAACAGAAGUGGUGUGACUUCCUCAUGGACCUGUACUCUUAUGAGACUAAAACAGGCUUGAGUGUCCUUCCAUCAUUACAGUCAGUUUUCCACUCAGCUCCUGCAGUCUGGUCCAUAAACCUCUCAGAGAGAAAGACCUCCAUCCUCCUGGAAGUGCUGAAACUCCAACCAGAGAAGAAACAAGUGGAGCUGACAGGCUGCUCACAUGAUGAGAGUGAAGUGAGGAGUUUCCUUCAGUGUCUGCCUUAUAUCUCACAGCUCAGUGUUGUUCCUCUGAGGUCAGAUCUUCAUGAAGCAGUCAGGUUCUUUGUGAAUCUGUUCUGUGCAGCAGCAGAGAGAGAACAGCAGACAGGAGAGAAGAUACUGGAGCUGUUAUCAUCAGUGUGCGCAUAUCAAACAUUCCCUGUUCAUGAGAGAGGCAUGGAUGAAUCUUAUGUGUCUGAUUUCCUGCUGGAUCUGUACUCUCAUGUCAAGGACUAUGACACUAAAACAGGUUUGAGUGUCCUUCCAUCAUUACAGUCAGUUUUCCAGUCAGCUCCUGCAGUCUGGUCCAUAAGCCUCUCUGAGAGAAAGACCUCCAUCCUCCUGGAAGUGCUGAAACUCCAACCAGAGAAGAAACAUGUGGAGCUGACAGGCUGCUCACAUGAAGAGAGUGAAGUACUGAGUUUCCUUCACUGUCUGCCUUAUAUCUCACAGCUCAGUUUCUCCUCUUCAUUUUUACACUCCAUUGAAGCCAAUUUAAUGAUGGGAAAAGCAGAGAGAGAACAGCAGCCAGGAGAGAAGAUACUGAAGCUGUUAUCAUAUGGAAUAUUCCCUUUUAAUCACACAGAUGAUGACUACGAAGAGAUGGAGUAUCAGUCUGAUUUCCUGUUAGAUCUGUACUCUCAUGUGAAGGACUGUGAGACUAAAACAGGCUUGAGUGUCCUUCCAUCAUUACAGUCAGUUUUCCAGUCAGCUCCUGCAGUUUGGUCCAUAAACCUCUCAGAGAGAAAGACCUCCAUCCUCCUGGAAGUGCUGAAACUCCAACCAGAGAAGAAACAAGUGGAGCUGACAGACUGCUCACAUGAGGAGAGUGAAGUGAGGAGUUUCCUGCAGUGUCUGCCUUAUAUCUCACAGCUCAGUGUUGGUCGUUGGAGGUUGCGUCUUCAUGAAGCAGUCAGGUUCUUUGUGAAUCUGUUCUGUGCAGCAGCAGAGAGAGAACAGCAGACAGGAGAGAAGAUACUGGAGCUGUUAUCAUCAGUGUGCACAUAUCAAACAUUCCCUGUUCAUGAGAGAGACAUGGAUGAUAUUGAAGCCGAAGAAGUUCAGAUUGAUUUCCUGCUGGAUCUGUGCUCUCAUGUGAAGGACUAUGAGAUUAAAACAGGCUUGAGUGUCCUUCCAUCAUUACAGUCAGUAUUUUCAGCUCCUGCAGUCUGGUCCAUAAGUCUCUCAAAGAGAAAGACCUCCAUCCUCCUGGAAGUGCUGAAACUCCAACCAGAGAAGAAACAAGUGGAGCUGACAGGCUGCUCACUUGAAGAGGGUGAAGUGAGGAGUUUCCUUCAGUGUCUGCCUUAUAUCUCACAGCUCAGUGUUUAUCCUGAUAGGUCACGUCUUCAUGAAGCAGUCAGGUUCUUUGUGAAUCUGUUCUGUGCAGCAGCAGAGAGAGAACAGCAGACAGGAGAGAAGAUACUGGAGCUGUUAUCAUCAGUGUGCACAUAUCAAACAUUCCCUGUUCAUGAGAGAGACAUGGACGCAGAGAUCCAGUGUGCUGGUCUGCUGGAUCUGUACUCUCAUGUGAAGGAUUGUGAGACUAAAACAGGCUUGAGUGUCCUUCCAUCAUUACAGUCAGUUUUCCAGUCAGCUCCUGCAGUCUGGUUCAUAAACCUCUCAGAGAGAAAGACCUCCAUCCUCCUGGAAGUGCUGAAACUCCAACCAGAGAAGAAACAAGUGGAGCUGACAGGCUGCUCACAUGAAGAGAGUGAAGUGAGGAGUUUCCUGCAGUGUCUGCCUUAUAUCUCACAGCUCAGUGUUUAUCCUGAUAGGUCAUGUCUUCAUGAAGCAGUCAGGUUCUUUGUGAAUCUGUUCUGUGCAGCAGCAGAGAGAGAACAGCAGACAGGAGAGAAGAUACUGCAGCUGUUAUUAUCAGUGUGCACAUAUCAAACAUUCCCUGUUAAUGACACACAUAUAUAUCUUCAAUAUCUUCAAUAUCAGUGUGAUUUCCUGUUGGAUCUGUACUCCCAUGUGAAGGACUGUGAGACUAAAACAGGCUUGAGUGUCCUUCCAUCUUUACAGUCAGUUUUCCAGUCAACUCCUGCAGUCUGGUCCAUAAACCUCUCAGAGAGAAAGACCUCCAUCCUCCUGGAAGUGCUGAAACUCCAACCAGAGAAGAAACAAGUGAAGCUGACAGGCUGCUCACAUGAAGAGAGUGAAGUGAGGAGUUUCCUUCAGUGUCUGCCUUAUAUCUCACAGCUCAGUGUUGAUGGGCCACGUUUUGUUGAAGAUGAAGCAGUCAGGUUCUUUGUGAAUCUGUUCUGUGCAGCAGCAGAGAGAGAACAGCAGACAGGAGAGAAGAUACUGAAGCUGUUAUCAUCAGUGUGCAGAUACAAAAACAGUCCUCUUAAAGAGAAUUGGUGUGACUUCCUCAUGGACCUGUACUCUUAUGAGACUAAAACAGGCUUGAGUGUCCUUCCAUCAUUACAGUCAGUUUUCCAGUCAGCUCCUGCAGUCUGGUCCAUAAACCUCUCAGAGAGAAAGACCUCCAUCCUCCUGGAAGUGCUGAAACUCCAACCAGAGAAGAAACAAGUGGAGCUGACAGGCUGCUCACAUGAAGAGAGUGAAGUGAGGAGUUUCCUUCAGUGUCUGCCUUAUAUCUCACAGCUCAGUUUCUUCACUCUGUGGGCAGAUGAAGCAGCCAAAUUCUUUGUGAAUCUGUUCUGUGCCGCAACAGAAAGAGAACAGCAGACAGGAGAGAAGAUACUGGAGUUGUUAUCAUCAGUGUGCACAUAUCAAACAUUCCCUUUUAUUGACAGAGACAUAGAUGCUCAAUAUAAAUGCAAUUUCCUGCUGGAUCUGUGCUCCCAUGUGAAGGACCAUGAGUCUAAAACAGGCUUGAGUGUCCUUCCAUCCUUACAGUCAGUUUUCCAGUCAGCUCCUGCAGUCUGGUUCAUAAACCUCUCAGAGAGAAAGACCUCCAUCCUCCUGGAAAUUCUUAAAGUCCAAUCAGGGAAAAAACAGUUGAAGCUGAGAGGCUGCCCACAUGAAGAGAGUGAAGUGAGGAGUUUCCUUCAGUGUCUACCUUAUAUCUCACAGCUCAGCUGUGAUCCAGACUUCUUCCAGAGUGUGUGUACAUCCAUGUUUGUAAGAUCCAGAGAGGAGGCCCAGCAGCUGGAGUCUCUGCUGCAGCUCCUGGGGUUCCAGCUGCUGUUAACAGAAGAGUUACACAGGAAAAGCUGCUGGUCUGUGGGGAGAGUUCUCAGACUGUGUGGCUCUAAAGUGGAUCUCAUCCUCACACCCAGCAAGAUGUCUGCCAGAGGAGCCGCUCUCCUCUUUAGACACACAACACAACUACACAGUCUGAGGCUUUCCAUCGACAUGUCCUUGCUCCUGUUUCAGUGGGUAAGAAGAGACAGAGUGGUCUGUCCGCUGGCUGUUGAAGAGCUUUCUCUUGUGCCUAAGAAAGCCCGACCAUCACACAGAGUAUUGUUGAGGGCUGUCAGUAGUUUGGCUUCCCUGUUGAGAUACUGGACAGUCGCACGGUUAGACCUGACUGAGACCUGCAUCCCUGCUCAGGGUCUGAUUACACUGCUGCUCCAUGAUGGUCCUCUAACAGUCAAACUGAGUGAAGAGAGCUUCCAGCAGCUUCUGUGUCUCCUCCAUGAAAUCCAGGACAAGGACUUGACGUUGUCCUUCUUCAGUAAGGUUGGUGGAGACCUGACCUCCUGCUGUCUGAACUGGGAGCUUCUUCACUAUCUGCUGCAGCAGUCGUCAGCUCAGACCAUCACUGUGAACCUGAGGAAGAACCUCUUCUUACAGGAGGAAACCACACGUCUGCUUCCCUUUCUGGACAGGAUUGUGUUUAAAAGACCCAGUCCCAGCUUUGCGAUGAGCUCCAUCAGAGAGCUCUACAGAGCUCAUGACAGUCACGCUGUACCCAGUUUACUGAGGUCAUUUGGUCAUGUGAUCAACCUGAGCAGCAGAGAGCUGGACUCAGUGGACUGUGCUGCUCUGAUCUUCAUCCUCAAACACGGAGACGGAGUCAAACUGAACCUCCUGUGGACCUCCAUACCAGCAGAGGGAGUAGAGUCCAUCCUCUUCAUGCUGGACAAAGUUUCUCAUCUCAGUGUUGACAGGAAUCAGCUACUGAGGUUCAUCCACUGCUGUGCUGCCUGUGAUGUCCAGCAGGAGGCAGCGUCAGGCCUGCUGAGGUCUCUGCAGCACAGCUUGGAUCUGUCCUGCUCCUCCUGUGUGGAGCUACCAGAGGAGGAUCAGCCUGAGUCUCUGAGUCUGACUGCUGAUGACUGCAGAGCCGUCUCCACCAUCCUGACACACAGCAGCCGGGACACACAGCUCGACCUGCGAGACUGUGAGGUGGAGGACAGCGUGCUGGACCUGCUGUUUCCUGUCCUCCACAGGGUCCGCCUCAGAGUCAGUAAAACUGUCCUCCUCCAGCUGCUGUCUCUGGUUCCUGUGAACAGUGAGAGGGACACAGUGAGGCGGGCGGUGUCCCUGUGUAGAGCCCUGGGUGGAGAGCUGGAUCUCAGUCACAGCACGCUGGAUCAGAGGGCCUGUGGGGCUUUGGUCCAGAUGCUGGACUCGUGUGAAGGGCUGACAGAGCUGGACCUCAGUCACUGUCAGCUCACUGACCAGCUGCUGCUCCCUCUCAUCACACAUCUGCACAAAGUCCAAGUCCUGGAUCUGAGUCACAAUCAGAUCACUGAUGCUUCGACUGAUGUGUUACUGCAGCUGCUCUCCAUCAACCCCUCCAUCGACUGUGUGCGACUCUACAGCAACAACAUCGUGCACAGAGCAGCCUUCAAGGAACACAAGCAGUUUGAGAUAUGAAGGAAUCAUCGUCAAGUAGUUGUUGGUUUUUUCUAUUCUCGUCAUCUUACAUGAAAACAUUGGAGGAAGUAUGAACACUGGUACUGUGUUCAUGGAGUCAGCAAUGUACGACACAGUAACAUUAGAGUGCUAUGUUAAUUUUUUUUCUUUUUUCUAUGAUCAUUAAGAAGACAGUUUAUAUGGAGGCUCAGGAUGUAUCUCAUCCUGAUGUAUCUCAUCUUUCUCAGCUGCUACAGAUUUUUCUUUGAUGGAGCUCAAUUGUCUAAUCGAGCUCCAUUAUAGUAAGUAAGUAAAGUAAAGUUACUAAGCGCUUUUCACAGACAAGCGGUCACAAAGCACUGUUGACAAAAGGCUAAAAUAAACAAGAACGUUAGGUGCCAAAAUAGACGAUACAAAACAUAAUAAUAAAAUACAGUAAAGUUAACAGGUACUUUUAAAAUAAAAUAAAUAAAUCAAUUAAAAAAUGUGUUAGUAGUCUGGCCGGAGAACUUUGUAUAGCUUGGGAGUCGAGAAAGAGAUGAUUUGUUCAAGCUGGUAAACAGGACAUAACAAUAAUCUAAACGCGAUGACACAAAUGCAUAAACAAUUUUUUCCAGUUCAGCUAUGGAGACCUUAUGUCGCAAUUCAGAAAUGUUCCUUAAAUAAAAGAAAAAUUAAUGAUUUUACAUUCGAGUCAAGGCCCAGAGGAGAAUCAAAUAUUUCUCCAAGAUUUUGAAUGUUAGAUUCAAAGAAGGCCUUAAUUAACAGUAGAGCUGGCAACAAUAUUCUGUUUCUUCAAUAGAGGAGUUACCUCAGCAAAAUAGGAUGGAACACAAACUUGCCUCAGUGACAUGUUGAUGAUAGAUAGCAGUGUGGGACCAAUACUGGUAAGAGUCCCAGAUGGGACAGAGGGAGUUAGUAUAUCUAGGCAACAUUUACUUUGGGUUCUGUUUACAUUUUGAGUAUUGGUUUAUAUUUACUUCUUUGUGUUUCAGUUAAGUACAGCCUCACCUGUGUCCAUUUGUAUCAUGUUGUCAAGUUUUUAUCUUUGGCAUGUGAUCCUUGAUGUAGUUACUUCCUGUUUUAUUUUGAUAUUCAUUUGUCUCUGGUAUAAUGUAUUUAUAUUUGCGUAUGCGUCUCAUUAUCCUGAUUGGUUUCAGCUGUUUUACGCUCCUUUAAUUUGCUCAGUUUUAUAUUUGCCUGUUAAACCUGAGAGUCCUGCAGGCAGCUACCGGGGACCUGUUUUCAGCUGAACCUUGACAGAUGACCAUCCUGAUGUUUACACAUCUGAAACUUCUGUAAUAAUGGUGAUUCGGUUAUUUUAUUUUUUGUUAGCCUAUUGAGACAAAACAAAGAGGCCAACUUUUUUUUUUUUUUUUUUUAAAUCAAUGCAGUGAGUCGGCCAUAUUUAUUCAUUGUACUUCUGUGAUAACUGUACUUAUUCUACUCUACAUUUUUCAGUCAGGACAGAGUAGAGAGACUCUAUAAUUACUUCUCAGAGGAAUGAUGCAAUAAGUGAGCAAUCAGGAGAAAACUAUGUUUGGUACUUUGACAUAACUGGAACAAAUGGCCAUAAACAUGUUAACAUAUAUCGGUUUUCAUAUUUUAUAUUACAUGACAUGGGUGAAAGUGGUUAUUUUUUCUGUGACAGUUUUCCUCAUUAAUGGAACUUGUUAACAAAACCUUCUACCAUAUUAGUUUACAGCUGCAAAUGGACUCAGGGAAUAAAUUAUAAAAGGCCAAAUGUCUGUAACAGUGAUUUAUAGUUGUAGUAAAUCAUGUUCAUGUUGCAGGACCACAGACCGCUUCAGGUGCUGACGAAAGUUUUAAGACCAGGUUGACUUUAAGAAUUAAGAUCGGAGCAUUAAGAUUUAAAAUUGUUUGGCCUCACAUACUAAAGAGCACCAACAGGAUGGACCCUAAUUUACCUCACCAGUAUCCAGAUGAACAAGUAAUAAAGCAAAUUCAUCUCCCUUGUACAGCUAUGUUUUUUCACUCUAUUACUUCAGCCUGAUUUAAGUGUGACUGAUCUUCCUCCUAUACAU